GCAGCCAUGGGAAUGAAGGUAUUUUUCGACAUGCUUCAUCAGAAGCCUAACAAAGUAAUACUUUUUGGAGCUGCUUGUACGACAGUUACGGAUCCAAUUGCCAAGUCCUCUGAAUUUUUCCAGUUAAUACAAGUAACAUACGCAGAUACGCAUCCCAUGUACACAAAUGAGAAAUACCCCAACUUCUUUCGCGUUGUCCCUAGUGAAUCUGCUUUUAAUCCUGCUAGAGUGGCGCUCUUACGGUACUACAACUGGACAAGAGUAGGAACUCUGUAUCAGAAUACCCCAAGGUACGAGUUGCCACACAAUACCCUACUAACAGAUUUAGAUAGUGCUCGAAUAGCAAUUGCUGAAACACAAGGCCUUGUGGAAGAACUGCAACAUGAGCUGAUAAAAUUAAAGAAUAAAGAUGUUAGAAUUAUAUUAGGAAACUUUGAUGAAGAAUGGGCGAGGAAAAUUUUUUGCGAAGCUUACCAUUUGAAAAUGUAUGGAAGAAAAUAUCAGUGGAUAAUUGUAGGAAUGUUUCGAGAACGAUGGUGGGAAAUUCGAAGUGGCAAUACGUCCUGUACCCCAUGGGAGUUAACCCAAGCUAUGGAAGGAUAUAUUGCUACAGAUAUUUUACCACUUAGCAGUUCGGAGAACAUUACUGUUUCAGGCUUGACGGCUGCCGAAUAUGCUUGCGAGUACGACAAGAAAAGGAAUGAUGAAUACAGUCGUUUCCAUGGUUAUGCCUAUGAUGGUAUAUGGGCCAUCGCGAUGGCCAUAGAAAACGUCGCCCAGAAAUUGAAAGCGAAAGGCAAGCCGACAGCUCUGAAGGAUUUCCAGUACAGAGAUGAAACGUGGGGGAAGCUUUUUAGGGAGGCCUUUAACGAGACCUCAUUUACGGGAGUUACGGGAUCGGUAAAUUUUAUAAAAAAUGAAAGAAAAUGCCAAAUUCUUUUGAAGCAAUUUCAAAAUGGAUCUGAAGUAAAAAUAGGAGAAUAUGAUCCCGUAACAGAUGAAAUAGAUUUUAGCAAAGGAGCAUCUAUUAUAUGGAGUGGUGGCGGUCCAGCUGCAGACAGAACACAUCGAAAAAUUGCACGCAAACGGAUAAGCAUAACCGUCUACAUAAUAUUGGUUGCCUUUGCUGUUAUAGGAAUUGUUAUAGCAUCUGUUUUUCUCAUAGUAAACAUCAAAUAUAGGAAUCAAAGAUAUAUAAAAAUGUCCAGUCCCUAUUUGAAUAAUAUCAUUGUCGUAGGAUGCAUGUUAACGUACACCAGUGUCAUUUUAUUAGGCAUGGAUAGUGGACUUAGCAGCGAAACCAACUUUCCAUAUAUCUGUGCUGCAAGGGCAUGGGUUUUAAUGUCCGGUUUUACACUCGCAUUUGGAUCCAUGUUUAGCAAAACUUGGAGAGUUCAUGCUAUUUUUACAAACAUCAAACUUAAUAAAAAGAUCAUAAAAGAUUACAAACUUUUCAUGGUUGUUGGAGUACUCGUUAUGAUAGACGUUAUCAUCCUCACAACAUGGCAAAUCAUCGAUCCAUUCUACAGAGAAACUAGUACAGGAGCACCACUGCCUUCCCCAGGAAAUGAAGACAUAGAAAUCAUUCCAGAACUAGAAUUUUGUCAGAGCAACAACAUGACUAUAUUUUUAGGAUCAAUCUACGCUUAUAAAGGUCUUUUAAUGGCAUUUGGCUGUUUUUUGGCCUGGGAGACCCGUCAUGUCAGCAUCCCUGCCCUCAACGAUUCCAAAUACAUCGGAAUGAGUGUCUACAACGUUGUCAUCAUGUGUGUGAUUGGGGCAGCCUUGUCUUUUGUUCUGCGGGAGCAACAAGACGCCGCUUUCGUCAUCAUCUCCAUCUUCAUCAUGUUCUGUUCGACGACGACCUUGUGCCUGGUGUUCGUUCCCAAGGUGAGACUGUUGUUGGAGCUGUGGGCCAACCCUCAUGCUGGUGAUAAGAGGGUGCGAGCCACGCUUAAACCACUUAAGAAGUCACGGCGCAGUUCGGAUGAAGACGAUUUGCAAUACAACUUGCAGCUUCUUCAGGAGGAGAACAGAAGAUGCAGACAGAGAUAUGAAGAUGUUAGCAUCGAACUACAGAAGUUAAACAUACGUUUGCGGGAAGCAGAAGAGCCUUUGAUAUUAGUGACACAUGGUUACGACAUGACUUCUCCCAUCGUAGAACUGCCCUCCCUAGAAGUAAGUGAAGAAGAAUCUGCUGAAGACACUUUUGGGAGAAGACCUUCCAUGCCUGUUAAAUCGCAUUCAAUUACAGUUCAAAAGAGAAGAUUGUCCGAUAUUUCGUUUCGAAUAUCCACGAUGUCUGAGAGAGAGAGCAGCUACGUACGAACCGACGAGUCUUCAGUUCAGAUGUCAUCCCCCCCACCCACGGAAACGGAACCCGCAUCGUCUGUAUUCCAGUUCCCUGCGGUACCCCGAGUGGUCGAGGAACCACCGCCCCCAAGACUAUCCCCGGCUGUUUCCUCUUCUUCCAAGGGUGUCCGCAGUCGGCAGCUUCUGCAGCCGCUCACUCUCAUGGACGACUCUGGCGGAGCGGCGAAGUUUGCAGACUCUGACUCGAGCGAUGGGUCGGGCAAGAGUCCGGGAAGCCGCAGCAAUCAUCAGCUGCAAGAGUAUCAGGAGUCUGAUGACACAUCGUAUGCGCGCGCAAUCCACAAUGCCCAACGAAAACGAAGCCUCAUGAAUGGACUCUCUUCAAGUGCCGAAGAAGACACGGACAAAUUCGAAAUGGCCACAUACUCUGAAGCUGAAAGUGAUUCCAAUGUCCGACGGUCAUCUUCGACAAGGAACGGCAGGCGGCGAGCAAAGAGUUUAGGUGCUCUAAGAGACACUUCGAGAAGAACUAGUUAUGGAGCGACAGAUACUUCCGCCAGUGGACAAGUAUCAGUCAUACACAAUCGAAAGACUGACCCGAGCAUUCUGCCAUUCAUCCCAUAUCUCAGUCAAAUCAUGAGCACCCGCAAGUCCCCCAAUGACGAUGAAUCCACGCCCCUUUAUAGCUCCUACCCUUCCGUUAAGUGUGAUAUCGUCGAGUACUUAUGA